GGAGGUUGGGCGUUUGAGUAAAAUUAUCAAACAGAAGAGAUGCAAGAAAACGAAUCGCCAUCGUGGACCACCAGUGACAAUGGUGCUUCAGAAACUGUUCGAUUCUUGCAGAGAGGUCUUUAAAGGCCCUGGCACGGUUCCUCCGCCUCAAGAUGUUCAGAAGUUGCGGAAAAUUCUCGACAGUAUGAAGCCAGAAGAUGUUGGGCUAAGUAAGGAUCUCCUUUUCUUUAAGCCUAGAAGUGUUCUAGAGGAGACUCCGAGGGUCACAUGUACAACUAUAUACAAAUGCAAAAAUUUCUCGCUUUGUAUUUUCUUUCUUCCACCAACUGCAGUUAUCCCACUCCAUAACCACCCAGGAAUGACAGUAUUCAGCAAGCUUCUCUUAGGAUCAAUGCACAUCAAAGCAUAUGAUUGGGUUGAUCCUGUGAAGCACUCUGAGAGUUCCAUGCCUUCUUUGAUUGUGAGACUCGCAAGAUUGAAGGCCAAUAGUGUGUUCACAGCCCCAUGCAACACAUCAGUGCUCUAUCCCACGUCUGGAGGAAACAUUCAUGCCUUCACUGCAGUUACACCCUGUGCAGUACUUGAUGUGCUUGGACCUCCUUAUUCAGAAGAAGAUGAUCGAGACUGUACAUAUUACAGGGAUCUUCCCUGCUCUAGUUGGUCAUUAGAUGGCAGUGCAAGGGAACCAAAAGAGGGAGAUGACUGUUAUGGAUGGUUGGAAGAGAUUGAGAUGCCCAAGGACCUAAAGAUGGAAGGGGUUGAAUAUUUGGGCCCACAGAUCAUUGAUACUGUUUACUAGUAGUGUUCUCAUCUGUUUU